AAUAUAUGAGAACUACACAGAGCCGAAGAGCCGUCAUAGUCACUUUUUUAUAGCUCGUCGAACGGGAGUUGAGUUUUGCAUCUUUUUCGUAAAAGUUCUUUCAGUGAAAAAAUUAAAUCAAUUUCAUGUUUACAAUAAUGUGGAAUUUGGUAAUUAUGAUAAAACGUUAAAACGACGCUUCGGCCGUGCUCCAGUGUUAAUAAAAUUCGGUUUUGGGUGUGAUCCAGAGUAAAUACUUUCGCCUCGAAAAGAUAUUUCAUGUUAACAGAGUGGUUUUUCAUCGACUGAAAAACUGGUCGAUUGGGCAAUUUUGUCAUAAUAUAGAAAGAAAUAAAAAGUUCUCGGUUAAUUGGUAUCAAUCAAAUCGUUUCCUGUGUGUUUGUGCUGCCUUUGUUUAAAUAAAUCUAAAUUGAAGAUUGUGCAAUCAAAGAAAAUUGUGAACAAAAACCGAUGUUGUGAUAGUUUGGGGAACGAGAACUAGUUGAAACAGCGAAAAAAUGGAGUUCCCUCCCAGCUUAUUAGUGAAACUCCUACAUUCCGUUCCCCAUGUUAAUAUAACUCUGCAUGUUGUCAAUAAUACAUUUAAUCCGAACAGCAAUGUUUAUAUUGAGAGCCUAGGAAUUCUUGCAUCAAUACCAGCUGCAAUACUCAUAUUGGCACUGGUUGGCCUACUGUUGUACCUAUUGACAAGGUGUUGUGAUCGAAAGUCGAGAAAAUCAAAAUCUCAAUCGUGUCAAAAGUUCACACUAAUUACAACCACAUUGUUUUGCUGUGCCGCAAUCGGUCUGGGAUUGUACGGAAACGACGAUUUUCACAAUGGAAUUUUGCAGGCGCAUGGAUCGGGCAAACAAAUUGUUGGAAUGAUAGCAAACUUUACGAACCGGACUGAACGACUAAAACAAGACAUUCGAAGCAAAGUACUGAUGUCGGAUAUCGAAGAUGUUUUCGAUCGACCGGCGUUCAAUCAGACUGCCGUUAAACUUCUACUCGAUAACGUGAGAAUGGUUAAGGAAAAUACGACUAGAGCCGUUAGUUCAUUGGAAACAGUAUUGUACUUGAUUCGACCGAUGGAGAAGGGUGAUUCGUUGAAAUAUAUCUUAGGGCUCACCGACAAAUACGAAUCGAUUCGUUGGCCAGCAACAUUGGGAUUUUUGACCGUGCUAUUAUUACUCUGUACAAUAUUGGUGAUUGGUGUGGCACGUAGUUCCCGCUGUGCUUUAAUAUUCUUCAGUGUAUUUGGUCUGUUCGGAGUAAUAAUAUGUUGGCUUCUAUCUGGAAUUUAUUUGGCCAGUUCAGUUGCACUUGGCGAUUUUUGUAUGCGACCAAACGAUUUUCUGUGCCGACAGGUUGCCAUGCGACGAAUGGAUGAUGUUAAUUUCCUCAAUUGUGGCUCCUUGCGAAAUCGGUUCAUAUUACGAUUGAACGAAUCACGAGACAACAUUGAACGAGCACGGGAAGCUUUUCUGACUGUAUCCAGCAUUUCCAGUGGCAUCUAUCCAAAAAUCGAGGUCGGACAGAGUAUCGAGCAAAUAGACCGUGAACUCAGUGAUGGCAAAUAUCAGUUGCAGGCAUUAACCGGAAUGUUGGAUCGUCGUAACGUGGAUCGAAACUAUUAUUUAGCAUUGAAGGGAUUGUGCGGUGGAGGCUUACUCGGCUUAAGUUUGAUGAUGGUCGCAUCGUUGGCCACGGCAUUUUUGCUGACGAUUUUAGUGUGUGUCGAUUCGCAUACAUGGAUCUAUUUGUCGAAGAGGCGACCGUACGGCGACAAAUCGGAAACGACACCGUUUUUGAAUUCAUCCGCAUCUACUGCUUCGCCGACUGGUCCCAUAUUGAGUGGCAAUUCAACGAUCAACCGAACACUUUUGCAUCAUCAACAGAAUCAAGGCAGUUCGUUGGCGGUGUCGAACGUUGGCCGCAAUGGAACCGCGCAAAUACGAGGGUUGGCAUAUAAUGGCGAAUCACCGCCACCUGAUUAUAAUAUUGUGGUGCAUGAUACGAGAUUAUCAUCUGGCCAUCAGACGUUGGGUCGCCUACCAUCCCAAGCCCCAUCCGUACACAGCGUCAGCAUUCCAGGACCGAACAACGGCAAGUAUGCCACGUUGAGUAAACAAUGUAAAACGCUUGAAGCUAACGACUUCUACUGAGAAUCGCCUGCCUGCACGUUACCUGCAGGCAGUUUAACUAAAAUCGAAAACACCGAUAGACCUGACAAACCCGAAUCUCGUGAGGUGCCGCUUAAUGGCUUCAAUCGAUUCGAUCCGAAGUAUGUGAGCAUUGGUCCGAAGGCGCUGCGUGAGCAACACUUUGGUGCUGUGAAUAAAUGUGCUACUCUGCGACACGGUGGUCGCUACGGCGGCAAUUUGGGACUGGACAAGAGUCAAGGUCCGGCACCGAGUCCACAUUUGAAAAAAGCACAGCCGCCCAGUGUUGCAACAGUGUCCAAAGAAUACAGUCAAUCUCAUCAAUCGAACCAAUCCAAUCAAUUGCAUUCGUUCGACGGACUAUCCACAUUGCCACAGAAGAAAUCUUCGAUGAAAUAUUCCGAUCAAAAUAAAAUUGAAUCUGACAUGAAGCCACAAUCAUCGGUUUACAGCAUUGAUACAUCGUCGAGUUAUCGAAGUCCAUUACCGCCACCUCCGCCUCAACAACAGCAACAUGUACAACUACAACAAUCAAAUUUUUCGUCGAUAUCCAAUAACAAACCAAAGGGAAUUUCGAUUUUAAACCAACCACUGCCCGAAAUACCACAAACCACCGUUCAAUUACCAGAAGCGUCACGUAAUUUACAUCAACCGUUAUCAGCCGCAAAUUUGAAUCAAUAUCGAUCGUUACAACGACCCACACCCAAAUCCAGCAAUCCCAAUCGUAACAUUCCAAUGAAAGAAGUUACAAAACCGGUGGUACCACAAACAAAAGUCAACCCACCUGCACCAAAGGUCGUACCACCAAUGCUGCCACCAAAAAAUCGUCACAAAGACGACACAAAUGUUAGAAAUAAGCAAAAUACACAAACUCUUCCCACAUCGAAAUCUCAGAGUUUGGCCCAGUCCCAAUCCCAGUCACGUAACCAUCAGUCCACGCACAGUACAUUUGGUUACGAUAAAGGCGGUAAGAAUUUGAAUCAAGAUCAUAGAACCGAUCAACAAAACAGCAAUAGGCAACAGUCUUCAAGCACCGAGAGCCGACAUCAUCAUCAUCAGCAGCAGCAGCAGCAACAACCACAAUCCGGUGUCUCUUACGUCGAGCAAUACAAAUCAAAUUUAACGAAAGCCAAUUAUCAAACGAUGCCACAUCAACCGAAGCGUCGAGACCAACAGCAACAAUCGCAUCAACACCAUCAUUCAUCAAACAACAAUCCACCGUCAUCGACCUUUAACUACUCCAGUCACCAUCAAAAUCAACACAAUACAACGGCACGAUCUGACGGCCACAGCAAAGACCGUUCCAAACACAAUCGUCGUGACGAUCCACCCGUCUACUAUCGAUCGUUGCAGCGUGGCGGUGGAAUUGCAAAUCAAUCGUCCGGCAACGACAUGUAUUCCAUGACGGAAUUGUAGGAUUGCUCAUGUGGUGGCGAUGGAAUUCCCAAGCACCGAACGAUGCAUCGCCAUCACAAGAAUAAAUAUUUUAGAGUUUAAAUCGAAAGUGGAACCAUUCGGUUUUAGAUCAUUUUUUUUGUGUUGUGUUCGGAGUGUGCACUAAGUUUUAUCGAUAUUCGAAUUGGUGUUCGAUUUUCCAGAUUUUGCAUUUUUUUGAUUGACCAGGCUGUUCAGCUACCAUUACCAUUAUGUUAGGUAUAAUUUUUCUGGUGUAUCCCGUUGUUAACUCGAAGAAAACUCGAGCUUACACUUAUUGUUAAUGAUCACAUCCCGUUAAAUAAGUUCGUGUUCCACACAAGAUUAUUACCAAAACAAAAAUUAAUCAAUUACCAUUGAGUAAGGAGAAGCACUGUUGAUACGCUUAAAAUAUAAACGAGAUAAAUUGUGUUGUUGAUUGAAUUGGAUGAUGAUGCAAGAUAUUGCAAUGUGUCUACCGGUUUAUAUACUUUGUCGGCUGCACCACAAAAACAAUCUUUGUUGUUUCGUUUGACGAAUUCAAAAAAGAAAAAAAGAAAACAAUUUUGUACAUAAACUAUCGUCGACCACCUCUGGACUGUUAAAGUGAAUAUUAAUAUUAAGUGAAAGUGCUAAAUUGGCGGUACGCAACGUAUUUUACGAAUUCAAUUGAAAUUGGUUUUCGGAUCAUUCACAAAAUGCUGUGCAUUCGGAAAGGUCAGACACUUAUUUUUCUUAUUUUUAUUCAGCUAAUGUUUUACGUUUUAAGUUGUCGUUUCUUAUACGGUAUGACUGGGUGGAAGCUUCCCAUUCGGUAUGAUUGAUUGUUUUUCAGAAUCGGUGUUCUACAACUGAGUCAGUUACUGUCCUUAAGAUUUUCAAGGGACUUGCAGUGGUUACUGUACGAAAUACAGUGGGACCUAUGAUUAAUUAUGACGCUGUCAUUAAUAUUGCGAAUCGCUGUUCAAGGAGUAACGAGAUACAUAUACCGUAUCCGUAUGUACAGUGUUGCUGCGUUGACGUUGUACUUUCUGUUCAAAGAUUCUAAGAAUUUUAAGAGGAAACACGAUCGAUGAUCACUGCACGAUAACUCGAUUUUUUUUUCAAGAAAAUUGUAACAUGCAGAUCGGUCUAUCUUCUUGAAUUUUUGGUGGUCCAUAUAGGGCGAAUCGGAAUAUUGCAAGUAAUUUGCCUUCAGUAAUUUUAAUUAAAUUUAAUUCCAGCGCAUCUUCCUUCAUUAUAGCCCUUUUUCGCCACUUUAGGCGCCAAGUGAACCUUUUAGUUGCCAUUCCGGCCCUGAUUCAUCCGAUCAAUAAUUCAAUGAAUCACUGAAUGCGAACAUUUUCAUGACCAAAAUCGGUAAUUUCCUUUGAGUCUGCAGAAAUUCUCCAAAAAUCUUUGAAGUAUAAAGAAGAAGGAGCCGGAUUUCUAAUUUUAAACAGAUCCAAUCUUUCUACCGCAACUAACCUCAUUAGUCCACCAAUUAGAACGUUUGUUCCCGUUAUUUUACAUUUCCAUUUUUAUUUUACUUAGUUCACAAAUCAAUCGAGUGAGGAAGGCUUUAUAAGAUCAUAGAUGUCUUAUCUCCGUUCCUUUGUUUCAUUCGAGUGAUAAACUUUCUUUUAAAUGUCUGUCUCGUGCCAUGAAUUUUAUCUAGUCAAGAAAAAUGCUGCGGUGAAAAAUCUCACUGCUGGUGAGAAUGUGGUAUCAGUGAGACGGCAGCAAACAUUUUUUAUUUCUCAGUGUAACAUUAACCCAGUUUGUAAUAAAGGAAAAUACGUUGCACCGUGGUUAUAUCACCUCUUGCUGCAUCAAUGAAAAAUAAAUUAAAUUAAAGAAAACAAAAAUUAUAUGAAAGAGUAACUAGUUACGUGUUUUCUCUCGUAAAAGAAUUUUUUUUUGUAAAUAAAUUAAUUUUAGAUUAGGAUUAGACGUAAGUUUAUAAUUUAAGGAACUUUAGAUGAUGGGAAGAUUAAGGACAAAAAAAAUAAAUUUUUAGUUAGAAGUUCUUCUAGUUAAGAUCAAAAUUUUAUUUGAGUUUUAAGAAGAUGAAGGAGAAGAAGAUGAAAAAAAAAACAAAACUGAGAUAAGAAAUUAAAUUUUCGAAUCCUGAACAUUGACCGCAUUCCAAGCUGUCUGAUAUUUCUACCGAAUAAAUUUAAUUAAAUAAAAAAAAAACAUUUUUGAACUAAAAUAAUUGUGAAAUUCUUCGAUGGUUCUAAUAAUUCUUCUUCGUUGAAUGCGACAGCAAUUUAUUUAACAUUGUCGUUAAAAUGUUUUUGUAACAAAAAAAAAGAGAAAACCAACAAAAGACUGUUUACACAUAUAAUGAACUUGAAUUUAUUUUAUUUUUAAAUAUUUUUCUUCAAACAUUAGACUAAACAAACACGUGAAUGAAGAUUUCUGCGAUAAUUUUUUACAAAGAUUAUUAUCUCGGAAACAAGAAACUGUAUCAUUAGUUUGUUGCUCCAACCGUUGUAUGAUUUUCGUCUAGGAAUGCCACCGAUGCUCUGAAAUUAACUGCAUUUAGAUGUUGUGACCAACCAACCUGUGAUGUUAAUUUAGCUCUAAAUGGAGAACAUUUUUCCUGAUUUUUCUCUAGUAGCCAUAGCAUGGAAUCGAAUUUUUAUUCGAGAUGUGUAGAUGAGACAUGCUAACCGAAUUGAAAUUUAGCAUUGUAAUUUAAAGGAGUUGGUAAACGAGUUAAAAUCAAAAUAAAAAUUUCCUUUCAAUCGAAAUGAUAUCGGGAACUAGAGAUGAGCGGGUAGCCCGAAAUGACGGGCUGCCCGUGCCCGCGCCCGUGGGCACGGGCACGGGCAUUUUCUUAAUAAGUUGAUAACGGGCGCCUAACGGAUGCCCGUUAAAAGCCCGGUUCAUGUUUUCAGAAAAUUUUAGACUAAAUUUAUUGUCAAUCGCGAUCUAAAAAUCAAUGCAAUCAAAAGAUACGUGAGUAUAAAGAGAAAAUAAAAGUGAAUUCGAUAAUUUCUAGCAUGUAUUGAAAUGGGUUUACGAAAUUGAUGGGCACGGGCGCGGGCUUCUCGAAAAUCUGCGGGCGCGGGCACGAGCACGGGCUCUAAAAUUGAAAAUUACGGGUAACGGGCGCGGGGGGCAAAAAAAUUAGGUAUGCCCGCUCAUCUCUAUCGGGAACGGGCUGGCAAUUAAAAAGGAUCAUAAAUCGCUUUUGCCCGAUUUAACCAUAUGAUCAGUCCGGCCCUGAUCGACAGAAUGCUCAAAAGUAUAAAAAUAAUUUCUCUAAAACUCUCCAAAAUUAAUUGAAAAUACGGAGAAUUCGGUGAAAUUAUUCCCUUGAUCCUUGGGUACAAGUAGUAGAUAGAUGUGGAAAAUCCUUCGUCAGUCACAGGAAAAAAUUGCCUUCAAAAAAUUACUAGCAAAACUUUAGAAUAUAAUCUCUAAACGUAUUCAGUUCCGUUACUUGCAGUAACCGAUUUCAGCUCGUUUCAUUUAAGUUUCAUUCAACGUACAUGCAUGCAGGAGAACAUUGAACAUGUGCACUAUAGUGCAAUCGUUUACAAAAGAUGGAUGUUUGUAAGCUGAUAAACUCAAAAUCUCCUUGAACAUUUGAACAAAGGAAACGACAUAAGUAGUGUAGGAAAGGUUGUUCGCAACUUAUCUCAGAAAGAGAAAUUUUGUAUUUUUCCCAGGAAAUCGUUAAUCUGACAAAUCGAUUUUCUGUCAAAAAUUGUUCCGCUACCAACUUCAUCACUUAGUUCUACGAUGAGAUUGUGCCAAUAAUUAUCGCACUAGAUGUUAGAUUACCAAUCCGAGGCGAAGCCGAGUAACACAUGGUUUUUAUCACACUAGUGCGAUGAAAUACGUUCAUACGACAUUGAACACAGGCAGCGUAAGCUACAAAUAUGAUCACUGAAUUGCAUACAUUACGAUUUAGUUUUCGAUGUAAUUGAAUUUUUAAUUGUUGUUGGACGUUAAAAUCAAAUGAAAUUAUUCAAUGGAGCAGUCCUUACGUUUGAAGUUUUUUGGUGUUUUUUUGUUAUGAUUUUCGUUCACAAAACAAAUCCACUAAAACAAAUCCACUGAAACAAAUAGCAAUAUUACAAAGAGUUUGACUUUACGCAACACUUUGUUCGUAAUUUCCUUAAAAUAAAUCAGAGAUUGAACAUAACACAUACUAGGUUAUAAGCAUAGAGAGUGAUGGGUUGGGAGACAGUGUGUGCUAACAUUAGGUAGCGAAAAACUGGUGAGAAAAAGAAAGAAAUUCAAACAAAAAACAAAAUUUAAAAUAUAAAAUUUAAAAAUAGUCUGAUAAAUUAUUAUGUAAUUGAUAAACAAAAUAGAGUGUAAAUUAACGUAGCUGGGUUGAAGAAAUAAUUUCAUAAAUAAAAAGGGUAGAAAAUGUUAUUAAAAAAGUGUUGUGGACCGACAGACCACAUGCAUAUCAGUCGCUCCAGACGUCACUGCUGGAAACCUAGAAGCCUAAGUCGAUACGAAAAACAUUUGUUCUAUGAUUUUUCCCAUUCAAUAUAGUGCUGUAAAAUUACAUCCUUCCCCCACCAGUUAAAUCAGUUUCUCCAAACAUUUCUCAAACUUUCUAUAAAUUUGUCAAAAAAAUAUUUUUUUUUUCCAAAUUUAUCGAGGAUUUUUCAAAAAAAAAUCUCUCGAAAACAGUGCCUUCUCCACGCUUUUGCACGUUUUUUGAAACCCUCCUUCUACUAAAGUGUGCAUGAAAUCUUGUUAUCGAAAUAUCAAAUUAGAGCCUGAAAAUUGCAGCCUGAAAUGCGAACCAUUCGAGCCUUUCGUUUCAAAUCACAUUGAUUGAUCGCACUUCAGUUCGAUCACAUCGUAUCAAUGAUAGACCACUUCAAGAACAACUUUGUUCAGUCGGUUUAGUAUUAUCCAAUUUUAAAUCAGUUAGCGAAGUAAUGUUAAGUGAAACGAAAUAUUUGUAAAAAGAGUGCGCACGCUUUUUUUAUUAGUCCCCCUCUUGACCUCAAUCUGCGCGAUUUUUUGAGAUCGCCUCCUUCAUCUGGUACGUACGCACUAUUUGAAUGGUCCCUAUCGAGUGUAGCUCUAUGCUUGAGGUUCUCGGCAAGUCACAACUCGUAGAAAAUCUAUUUUGGUGACGAAAUGAUUGGUCCCAAAUGGCGAAAAUUUUUAUUAAAAGGGAUUUCGUGACUAGCACGCGAAAAUUUAAUUUGUCCGGCCGAGAAAGAGUGCCAUUAUGUCGUUCAGAUAUCUUAAAGUAGUAGAAUAAAUGUUUAAGCAUUUCAGGUUUCAACCGUGGCCUAAUGAGCGACUGACAUGCAUGUGAGAGCUAUCACAGUCUAUUGCGAUGUCGCGAAGAUAGUUUUUUUUUUUCUUAUUUAUUAAAGUGAAUAUCACAAAACCCAUUUAAUUAGAGAAAAAAGGAAAGAAAAAUUAUGAAAAUAAUAUUUAAAUGAAUAAAGUAAUUCAAUUUUACAAAAUAACAAAAAUUUAACAAACAAAAAACAAACAUUGUAAAAAGUCACGAGUAUAAAAGGUGCCAUUUUAAGAAUUAGGGAUUUUUUUAAACAAAUAAAUUUAACAAAAAAAAGAAGGAAAAUUUGUUUUAUUAGCAAAACAUGUCGAAAGUUUUUAACGAUUCUCAAACUUACUAUACAUAGACUUUGCCAUUUUAACUGAUGAUAUAAACUAGAAAAGAUUUUAUAAAAGUUUUUUUUUUAGAAGAAAGCACAAAGUUUUGUUUGGUACAUUCGUUUUUCUUUUCUAUACCAAAUCUAUAUCUCAAUCUCCAAAAUUUUAUAUUUAUGCCACUUGCACAAUUUAUUUUCUGUUAUUUUUGUUUUGUUUACCAGUCGUAAUAACUAUAUAUUAUAGAUCCCAAGGGAGCAAAUCAAACUGCCAAUUUUUUUGUUUUGUUUUUCAUUUUUAACAACAAAAAAAACCAAAACAUUUACAAAAAAAAUUGAAAACGUUUUUGAAUGUGAAUUUACCCAUGAGAAAAACGAUUAGUCGAAGAUCAUUUUAUUGGAUGAAAAUAAAAAGUAUUUGUGAAGAGCAUUAAAGGAAGUCUAUUUAAGUGUUAAUGAAAGAGAAAAGAAAAAAAGAAAAAUUUAAAAGACAAAAUAGAAAUUAAAAGAAAAAAAAUUUAACGAAACAAACCAACACACAACAAAAACAAUUAUAAAUGAGAAAACAUUGUAGAAAAUAUCAUUUUAAGCAUAUUGUCUAGCGAAUUACAGACUCGUUUUACCGAUUAACAACAUUUCAAAAUUGUAAAGUUAAAAAAAAAUGAAAAAUGAACAAAAAAAAACUCUCACCCAAAAUAAAACAAUAAAAAUGAAAAUUUAAAGAAACAAAUCGUUAAAAUUAAAAAUUGAUGAAAGGUGAAAGGUGUCACCGAAUCCUCUGUAGAGGGAAGUAAGCAAAUUAAAGCAAAUUAUAAGAAGAAAAACUCAAGUAUUGAAUUAAAAACAUUUGAACUAUAAAUAGUUAUCGUGAA